AUGCAUCUUGUCAAUAUUGCCGCUUUUGCCUGCGCUGUAAUCAGUGCCAGCGCAUUCGAAUUCCCGGACUUUGUCCCUCUGCACAAACGCCAGGAACCCGGAACUGCUGCGUAUGAUUGUCACUCCGACUGUGGCGGCGUAAUUCUCGCCGGCCGCAGUGACGGAUACUGUGAUGCCGCCGAUUUCAAGACCCAGCUGACUGAUUGUUUGAACUGUGCUGUUGAGUUCGACAUUUGGAAAUACUAUGGCAGUUCUGUUUCCAAGGCUGCUACUGGCUGUGGCUUGGAUGCCACCCCGGUCGAGUCGUCGUCCACCUCGGUCGAAGCAUCUUCCACCACUACGUCCGUCGGAGCUACUACUACAAAGUCUGCCCAUGAGCAUUCGCAUGGGUCUGCACAUGAGUCUGCACAUGAGACUGCACAUGAGAGCGUCACUGAUUCUGCUGUGACUACUGAUGUGGCAACCUCCUCUACUGGUACUGCGGCUCAUACCACGACCACCUCUACUUCCGUGAGCCCCCAGCGUGUUUCUGAUUCUUCUCGCCCAUCGUCAUUGAUUCCUUCGGUAACACCUACUGGAAGCUCGACUGCUAGCACUCCUUCCUCGUCUCCCCUCUUCUCUGGCGGUGCGUCGAUCAAUGUGGGUAGUGGACUUGUGUCUGGUGCGUUUAUUGGUUGUGUUGUUGCAGCCUUCCUGUAA